AUGAUCAAUACUUGUGCUGCUACAACAAAAUUAAUUGAUAAAAACUUAGAAUUUCGACCUAUGUGUGUACGAAUACAAUCUAUUGAAAAUUUAAGAAACAAUAAGAUCGAUGGAUUAUGUACGAUUGAAGUUAAAAUUUGUGAAAUUGGUGCUGAAGUUCCAUUUACUUUUGAAGAAUCUGAUUUUAAAAAGGUACAGAAGCUUAAAAAAACAGUCGUAGUCGGUGAUAAGACUGGAGCACUAGAACUCACUUUAUGGGAACCAUAUUUUCAUCAAGUUAGAUUAGGUGAAUCUUAUCAAAUGAAACUUGUUAAAAGUCGUUUAAUCAAUUCUCAAAUAACAUUAUCAGCAGUUUCUGAUACAUAUUUUCUUAAGAUUGAAGAUCUUAGAAAUGUUAAAACAAAUGUUGAGGCGUCGGUUUCAACGACAUAUAUAUCGAAAGGUCAAAUAAUGAAAAUAUCAACUAAUCCGAAACAGUACCGAUGUCAAGCCUGUGGAAAUGAUGUUAUAGAACAAUUAAAUUCUUUUGUAUGCAAUGUCUGUCAAUCUCGUAUAGCAAAGCACAAUACAUCAAUUAAUAAUUUAUUAAAAAUUGUGAUUGUGACUGAUACACAUGAAGAAUAUGUUUUUAUACAUUUCGAAACCUACAAUCAUGCAAUUGUUGAAUGUUAUUAA